AUAUUGGAAGCCGAAUCCUGAAAGCCAAACUGCCAGUCAUCCAUCGCGACACUCGUGAAACAUCAUUAUCACAACUUUUGCAUUUAUAGAAAUAAUUACUGUGGCAUCUUAAUUGAAAGCUCGAAUAUGGGUUUGGUAAGAGCCGUUCAAAAUGACUCUCAGUUCCAAGGUGAACUCGCGAGCGCUGGGACAAAACUCGUCGUCGUUGAUUUUACAGCGACAUGGUGUGGACCAUGCCAGAGAAUAGCUCCAAUUUAUGAGCAACUCUCCACAAAAUAUUCUAAUGCCGUGUUCCUGAAAGUUGAUGUGGACAAGUGUGGAGAAACGGCGGCUACCCAGGGAGUUAGCGCUAUGCCGACAUUCAUAUUUUACCGGAAUAGAACGAAGCUGGGCUCUUGUCAAGGCGCUGAUCCUGUUGGGCUCGAAAACAAGAUUUGUCAACUUUAUGGCUCAGGAGACGGAGAUGACGGAGAAGCACCAGUCGCCGGCCAUAUGGACCUUUCAACUUUCAUCGUAAAAGGGGAAUGCGAAUGUCUUAACGAGUCCGAUGAUCAUUGUUUUGAACAUUGCCUCAAAUCGGAGGGUGGAUAUUUGCAGAGCGAUUGUGACGAGCAACUCAUUAUUUCUUUGGCUUUUCGGCAACCGGUCAAAGUACACUCUCUCAAAUUUAAAGCACCCGCUGACAAGGGGCCAAAGAAUAUUAAAUUGUUCAUCAAUCAACCGAGAACAAUCGAUUUCGAUAUGGCUGUUUCUAACACGAGCGUUCAAGACCUAACACUAUCGGCCAAGGACUUAGAGGAAGGAAAUCUCGUGCCUCUGCGUUACGUGAAGUUCCAAAAUGUGCUGAAUCUCCAGAUCUUCGUGAAGGACAAUCAGUGCGACGGUGAAACGACCCAGAUCGAUCAUUUGGCUGUAAUAGGUUCACCGAUAUCGACAACCAAUAUGGACGAUUUCAAGAGGGUCGCAGGAAAAAGGGGUGAAAGUCAUUGAGCUGAAAGGACUCGUCGCAAACAGAAAUUAAAUGAAUGCCCGCGAAUGUUGUUUUUUUUUACACAUGAGAAAAAAACUCAACGCGCAUGGAGAACGGAAAACUGUAAAUUUAACGAAAUGUUUCAAGGGCCCUUUGUUUUCCAGUUUUUUCUACCAUUACAUUUUUUCUUAGGGUGCCUUUUAAAUCAUUCGAUCCCGUAUUCUCGAUCCUCUAAUAAAGUUGCCACUAUACGAGAAAGUGUAUGUGAAAAUUAGAACAAACCCAUCCAAUGUAAUUAAACUUUUCAAUGUUUAUGUCGAAAUAGAAUAAAGAAAUAUGAUGAAAAUGUA